AUGUCUUCCCUAAACAUCACCGUACGAGGUCACUCCGCCCUAUGCCGAUUCCCAGAGCGCGCCGUAGUCUACCUCACCAUAGAAUCCUCAAGCGAGUCCGAAGAGACCGUCUCAAACGAAGUCUCCUCAACGUGCAAUGACCUACGAGAACUCCUGGAGUCCCUGUGCUCCAAUGAAGAAGAUGAAAGCGGAACGUCCAAUGCCGGCCCCGUGUCGACUUUUUCCUCCAGCCCUAUCCUCACGACAUCCAAGAACGCCAAUACAAGCGACGCGAAGGGAAAUCGACCCCGCGUGUACAAAGCCAUAACCAGUAUCUACGCCAUCUUCUGCGACUUCCAUGAGCUGUACAAAUUCAUUAUGAAGGUGGAUGAAUAUCCCAACGCAAGGAUGAAUAACAUCAACUGGUACCUCACCGAAAUUAGCAAGAAUGAGAUCGGCGCGGAGUCGCGCAUGGAGGCUAUCCUCGACGCUGUCACAAAGGCAAAGCAGUAUGCACAGUCUGUUGGAUACGAUGAUGUUGCGCCUCUGGAUAUCAGGGAGAUUGAGGGCGAGGGCAUGAAUGCUGCUCGAUAUCCGCAGAGACCGCCUACUCGCCACGCUAGUGGAAUUAAUUUGACUCCUCAGGAUAUUGUGCUCAAUUCAUGCGUGGAAGUUACUUUCUUGUGUCUGUGUGAUCUUGGAUCUACGGACCAGACUCGCACUAUUGCGGAUAGUUAA